CGCUCGGCCACCCUGCCCCCAAAGCGUGAAUACGUCUUUGGGCCGAGCCGCGCACUGUUUGACGUGCCUGUGAUCCGCCUUCCGGAAGGAAGCCUGAGCGGCUGAGUAUGGCGACUGCCGCGGAGCAGUGGGUGCUGGUGGAGAUGGUACAGGCGCUCUACGAGGCACCUGCUUACCAUCUUAUCUUGGAAGGAAUUCUGAUACUCUGGAUAAUCAGACUUCUUUUCUCUAAAACUUACAAAUUACAAGAACGAUCUGAUCUUACAGCCAAGGAAAAGGAAGAAUUGAUUGAAGAGUGGCAGCCAGAACCGCUUGUUCCUCCUAUCUCAAAAGACCAUCCUGCUCUCAACUACAACAUUGUUUCAGGUCCGCCAAGCCACAGCAUUGUGGUGAAUGGAAAAGAAUGUAUCAACUUUGCCUCAUUUAAUUUUCUUGGAUUGUUGGAUAACCGUAGGGUCAAGGCAGCAGCUUUGGCAUCUCUGAAGAAGUACGGUGUGGGGACUUGUGGACCUAGGGGAUUUUAUGGCACAUUUGAUGUGCACUUGGACCUGGAGGACCACCUGGCAAAAUUUAUGAAGACAGAAGAAGCCAUUAUCUACUCGUAUGGCUUUGCCACCAUAGCCAGUGCCAUUCCUGCUUACUCUAAGAGAGGGGACAUCAUAUUUGUGUGGGUCUCUCUUCCUUGCAGAGAUAGAGCUGCCUGCUUUGCUAUUCAGAAAGGAUUACAGGCAUCACGUAGUGACAUUAAGUUAUUUAAGCAUAAUGAUAUGGCUGACCUGGAGCGACUGCUGAAAGAACAAGAGAUCGAAGAUCAAAAGAAUCCUCGCAAGGCUCGUGUAACUCGACGUUUCAUUGUAGUUGAAGGAUUGUACAUGAACACUGGAACUAUUUGUCCUCUUCCAGAAUUGGUUAAGUUAAAAUACAAAUACAAAGCCAGGAUCUUCCUGGAGGAGAGCCUUUCAUUUGGAGUCCUGGGGGAGCAUGGCCGAGGAGUCACUGAACAUUUUGGAAUCAAUAUUGAUGACAUUGAUCUUAUCAGUGCCAACAUGGAGAAUUCACUUGCAUCUAUUGGGGGUUUCUGCUGUGGCAGAUCUUUCGUAAUUGACCAUCAGCGACUCUCCGGCCAGGGGUACUGCUUCUCAGCCUCGCUGCCUCCCCUGUUAGCUGCUGCUGCGAUUGAGGCACUCAACAUCAUGGAGGAGAAUCCAGGUAUUUUUGCAGUAUUGAAGGAAAAGUGCAGACAAAUUCAUAAAGCUUUACAAGGCAUUUCUGGAUUAAAAGUCGUGGGGGAGGCACUUUCUCCAGCAUUUCACCUGCAGCUAGAAGAGAGCACUGGGUCUAGAGAAAAGGAUGUUAAACUACUUCACGAAAUUGUAAAUCAAGGAUGGGCAUAAGCAGGUUGCUGACGCCACCUCGUGUGGAAUUGGUGUGACGCCCAGCCUUGCCCACGUCUGACCUCCCAGCUGGCGUCGCGCAUCUCCUGACAGGUGCAGUUCAUCCCAUUGGAGCCGGCGUUAGCUCGCACUGAAGGUGUUGUGUUCUGUGCCACUGUGUUUAAAUACACUUUGCUUCUGCUCUGAAUCACUGGCCUUCCAGAAAACCCACAGGCCCACCAUUUACAAAGCCAGGCUUUCUCACAUGUCGGUGGGGACGGCACUUUGUGUGAUGACCACGCAAAACACUGGGUCAUCAGGAGGUGAACCCCCACCGCAGCUCAGACACAGGCCAUAAUAGUCUUGUUGCAAGGAAGAAAGGAGGGAGGGAGAGAAGAAGGAAAGAAGGCAGGCAGGCUACUUUGUUACCAUGCCUGAUUCGGGAUGUUGACGUCAAUACCUUUAUUAUCUGAAAGUCAAUUUACUACUCAUUGUAACUCAGUUAUUAACCAAAAACUGCUUGCUGGGGAAAACCACUGCCUUCUUCUGUCCUGCAGCGCUGCGUCUCCUGGAGUUCCCUCUCCUCACUUUCCUGCUGCUAAGAACUGUCCAGUGGCCCUGCAGCUCUUUGAGCAUGUGUGCCUGGGGUGGCACUGCCUCUUACCUCAAUCUGAAAUACAUCUAGUAUGUAUUUGAGGAUGGAAGCAGGCUGCAUUCUGUUUCCUGGUGCCGUUUCCUUCUGGAGGCUCCUUUCUGAGUCCCUGCUGCCUGACAUAGGGGAACUGGGGUGCUGCCAUCUGUCUCAUGCUUUGCUCUGCUGGGGCUCGUGGAGAUCGGGCCCUUACCCAUCCACGUGGCUGCUCAAAAUGGGGGCUGCAGUGUGCAGCCAGCCUCUGGUUUCCAGGCAUCCCGUCUCCUAUGAUGCGUGAACCUCGUCACCUGGAAUGACGACUUUAGAGGGUUUCAUGCAGCUUGUGGUCUUCUGGAAUUGGUCAUCUUAAAAAUCCAAAGUAAAACCAAACUCAGAAUGUGAGAUUCCUAAUUAAGGAAAUGUGUCAGAUUAUGAACGAUUGGGCCAGAGUGACUGUCACCUGCUGAGUAAGGAAAUGUCACAGGUGUCCCCUCAGGUACUGCUCUGCAAAUGUGAAAAAAGACAGGCUUUUUACAGGGACAAACGUCCCACAGACCACAUUUACUGCCUCCGUGUUCUUGUAAUGUUCCUUAAAUGUGUACAGACAUAAAGGAAAUAAGCAUCCAUGGGGUUAAAGUUCUUACGCAAACAAGAUACCAAAACAGGUUUAUAAAUUAAAUAGAAGCCAGGUGGACAAGGCAAGAAAGUCAGUUGAAUCAGAUUGCCUUCGUGCGACAGUGAGUACUGCAGACACUCUAGGUGAGACCAUGGCUCGGUGUUCACACAUGGUGCUUACGUAGACUGUCCUCAUGGUGAAGGAGAAGAGGAGAGUCAGUGCACAGCUGAGAUCCCCGCUCUAAAGGCGGCCUCCAGGGAAUCGCCCUGGGAGCUGAGUGAGAAGAGAACGGGUCUCCGAGGGGGCAGCAGAACUGGAGACUGCAUUUGGGGGAAGGAAGAGAGAGCUCUUACUGUUUCUGUGCAUCAUCACAGCUUCCAUCUUAAAAUCUUCUGUUCCACGCCUCUCUGCUUUUUCUUUUCAACAUUUAAGGGAGAAGAAAGAACUGACCCUUGUUUAAGCUUUGUAGAAUUGAGAGGUUUAUGUUGAGGUUUUGUUGAGUUGCUUGACACACUGAGGGGUGGUUUAUAAAAAUGUUCCUUAACUAGCCUAGAAACAGAGCCAGUCUAGGCAUCUUCAGGAGGAGUGAACGUCCCCAGGUACAUGUCCAGAAUGUGGAAACAGCACAAGCCCAUCAUUGUUGCCUGCUGGUAGUUUCCACCUUUUCCUAGCAGAGAAGAACCUGCCUCAUGGCUUCCAGAGUGGCCCACUUCCAACAAAGAACCUUCCUGCCACACGGGCAUAAUUGUUCUCUCCUUCGCACCACCACCUGCUUUUACAUGAUUCACAUACCGUAAAAGUCACCCUUUACAGUAUAUAAUUGUGUCAUUUUUCAUAUGCUCACAAGGUUAUGCAGCGUCACUGUCUAAUUCCAAAACAUUUUCACUACCCCAAAAAGGAAACCCCUAUAACCCACUACCUUGACCUGGUUUUUAUCCUUUAUUUUGAUAAUUUUCCAUCUAAAAAAGCAUCAGCAGGUGGUUAAUGCCUGGAAAGAUGCACUAAGCUGUGUGACCCCCGAGUCCUCUGCCUGGUAGCACACACGAGUUGGGGUGUGGCUGGUAUGUGAAGUGAGCAGUCUCCCUGAAAAGCUCUGAGGGCGUUACUCCUGAGUCCAAGCCUCGCUUAGCCUGCAGGCCUGGCUAGUGCUGGUUCCUGUGUCCUGGCUGUGCUUUGUACAGAGCGGUACUCACUAACUACCUGUGGCCCUUUCAGUUUAAAUUCAGAAUGACGAGGCUCAGUCUCAGUGGCACUCGCCAUGUCUUAUGGUGCCUGACAGCCACACGGCUCGUGGAGCUGUGCCAGGCAGUGCAGGACACACACCUCCAUCACUGCAGAAGGUCUGCACAGCGGUGCCGCUGCCCGUCGGGGCCGGGGCGGUGUUUUAGUCUGUCUCCUAGCAGUCAGCGUUGGAGAAAGAGUUAAGAGCUGCUGUGGAGGACAGCAUCUCGGGACCCCUCCUUGCCGUCACCGCCACAGUGUCCGCCGCCCGGUGUAAAUGUCUCCUUGU